AUGGUAAGACAUGUCAUCACCGACCUGACGAGCACGCCUGAAGAAGCCGUCCGUCUCAGCAACACGGAGCUCGAUAAGAGUGUGGCUGGAAAGUCUGUCGCCGACAGUGCUUGGUUGGGCAGGAACUUUUGUAUUGUUGGUAGUACUACUUUGCACUAUCUGGCUAUCCGUAAGCGCGAACUAAGCUUUGAGGAGAAGGAUCACAACAAGGUGGAGCAAUGGAGGGCUCCGCUCAAGAUUGCCGAUUAUUCGCUUGAUACCCAGACUUACACUGGUCCUGCUCACCUGAGCUUGGGCGUUCAGUUGACGCGGUACGCUGCCACGAACAGUAAACAAUCGUAAUCGUAAUACGCACUGAAAGACAGCUUCCGAUGUCACAUAAUUGGGUGUCUUGACCAUCCAACCCUAGAGUAAUGCAAAUGUCCAUCUUAACCUGUUUACGCCUACAACUUCGUAUCUCUCUUCGACAAAACUACGUAGUUAUCUCGAUUCCCCGAUACAACCCACCAUCUCCUGACUCGCCCGCAUGACACAAACACACAAACCGACUCCGUAUCAACUCCCACCAAACCAACCAAAACCCUCGUCAUUCGCAUCACGAACCACUCCCCCACCAUCGCAUCUCGAUUCCACAAAAAAAGGAGAAAGAAGAGCGGAAGAAAACUACUAAAAGCAUCUUCGAUGCAAAAACUAAACUAAACUAAGAAAAAAAACUAAGAAAAAAGAUGACGAUACGAUACUAUAGACAAAUAGUUUACUUUACCCCAACAGCAAGCGCGCCGCGUCGCGUGCCCCCCCCCC